AUGGUAAAAAAGCCGAGUGGGUCAUGGAGAAUGUGUGUAGAUUUCACCAACCUUAACAGAGCGUGUCCGAAAGAUUUCUACCCACUACCACGGAUUGAUAGGCUGGUCAGCCUGCAUAAAUCAGACAGGAAGAAGGCGGCUUUUAUCACGGAUGCAGGAGUUUUCUGUUACCAGGCAAUGCCAUUCGGGUUGAAAAAUGCAGGGGCAACAUAUCAAAGGCUGAUCGACAAGGUGUUUGCCGACCAAAAAGGCAGAAACGUGGAGGUCUAUGUAGGCGACUCUAUCGUAAAAAGCCGGAAAGAGGAGGAUCAUAUUACCGAUCUCCGAGAAACUUUCGAGACUUUGAGAAAAUAUAGGAUGAAAUUAAACCCGAAAAAAUGUGUCUUUGGAGUAAGAUUAGGAAAAUUCCUAGGGUUCUUGGUCACCGAGCGUGGCAUAGAUGCUAACCCUGAAAAAGUAGAAGCAAUCAUCAGUCUGCCGCAACCCAAAAGUGUAAAAGACAUACAACGGUUGACAGGAAAAAUGGCCGCCUUGAACAGAUUUGUGAGCAAGUCGGCAGACAAGCAAAUGCCCUUCUUCACAACCUUGAGGCAAAACAAGAAAUUCAAAUGGGGGCCGGCAGAGCAAGAGGCUUUUGAAUCUCUAAAAAGUCACCUGAAGAACCUACCAACAAUAGCAAGGGCAAAGGAGGGCGGAAAAUUACAGUUGUACAUAUCGGCGUCACCAAAAACAGUCGCAGCAGUACUGGUAGCCGAAACAGAAAACAAAGGGCAGCAACCAGUAUAUUUUGUGAGCCAUGUGCUAAACGGCCCAGAAACAAGAUACACGUUGGUGGAGAAAAUGGCAUAUGCAGUCCUUGUCGCGGCUAGAAAGUUAAGACCAUACUUUGAUGCACAUACAAUCGAAGUGCUGACAAACUUCCCUCUCGAAAUAGCCAUUAGCAAGCUAGAUACAUCAGGUAGGCUGCUAAAAUGGGCAAUAGAGUUGUCCGAAUUUGACUUGGAAUUCCGGCCAAGAACUGUAAUCAAAGCCCAGGCAUUGGCAGAUUUCAUAGUUGAAGCGUCAUACCAAGAGGAUGAAGUACAAGCUGAAGUAUGGGAGGUCUCAGUGGAUGGUUCAGCUGCGCAGACAGGCAGUGGGGCCGGAAUAAUCAUGAAAUCGCCAGGAGGAGACAUCUUUGAGUAUGCUAUAAAGUUUAUGUUCAACGUGUCAAAUAACGAGGCAGAAUACGAGGCUGCAAUCGCCGGCAUCCAAAUGUGCCUCGCAGCAGAUGCAAAAAGAGUAACACUGACAACAGACUCCCAGCUAGUAGCAAGUCAAUUCAGCGGAGAGUACGAGGCCAAAGAACCUUCAAUGGUAAAAUACCUGGAAAAGUUGAGGUCAGUUUCGGCUCAGCUAGAGAAAUUCAGCAUUAAUCUGGUACCCCGAGCAGAAAAUACGCUGGCAGAUGCGCUAUCAAAGUUAGCAAGUUCAAAUAUCGCCGACUUGAAAAGAACAGUCAUGAUGGAAGUCAUGAAUAAGCGAAGUACGGAGUCGGAAGAAAUACGGGUCAUGGCCAUCACGACUACCUCAGAAUGGUACGAUAAUAUCCAAACAUACAUACAGACUGGAGCCCUACCAGUAGAUUUGGCAGAAGCCAAAAAGACAAAAAGGGACGCGGUUUGGUACAUCAUCCUGUGGGGACGGCUGUACAAAAAGUCAUUUAGCCUACCAUUCUUAAGGUGCCUGACAGCAUUCGAGUCAGCAAGGCUGAUCGAAGAAAUGCAAGAAGGGACAUGUGGGAACCAUGCCGGUGGAAAACCCCUUGCCAUCAUCUGCCAAAGACAAGGCUAUUACUGGCCAACAAUGUUAGAAGAUUGUCGAGCAUAUGUAAAAAAGUGCGAGAAAUGUCAAAAGUUUUCAGCUGUGAUAAACUUGCCAGCUAAUGAUUUGAUGCCCAUUCUGAACCCAAUCCCAUUCGCGCAAUGGGGAAUGGAUAUUGUUGGACCAUUUCCAAUGGUGGCCGGAGGGCGCAAGUUCUUAAUAGUAGCAGUGGACUACUUCACCAAGUGGAUAGAAGCAGAGCCGGUAGCAAAAAUAACGGCAAACCAGAGUAAAGUUAGCUCACUCAUCAGUAUGUCACCCACAAAGCAAUGGGCAAGCAGAGGACUGGCUGCGUUGAAAAAGAAACUAGAAGACUGUAAAGGCAAAUGGGCAGAUCUUAUGCCAGAAAUUUUGUGGUGCAACAGAACUUCUAUCAAGGAGGCUACCGGCGAGAGUCCGUUUAAGCUAAGCUUCGGGUCUGAGGCGGUCAUAGCGGCAGAAAUGGCUCUGCCAACCAUGUGA